GUAGUCCCUUCACUUUGGUUUCGUUCUAGUAAAGGCUGGAUCAGACUUUAGUCCGAUAGCCAAGUUCAAGACCUCUGUUCUCCCCGACGCCUCAGAAUGGAGACGCAAGGAUCGUCAAGAGCUCUGGCUCUAGUAGUUAUGCUAGCAAUUGCUAGCAGCAGCACAGUAUGUGCGAGUUCCCCGUGUACGCGGCAGACCAGUCAACAGGGCAAAUCGAUCUUCUAUGAUUGCAUAUCGCGCGGGCUCACGUCAUUCCCACAAAUUUCUAUGAGCGAGAGAGAAAGAACUUACUCUUUGCACCUAGAAGACAACAACCUUUUCAUAGAAGAUAACAACACCUUCAUCGGCUUCAAGUUCCUAAACGAGUUGUACUUGUCCAACAACAGGAUUCCAAUCUUGCGAGAUGGUAUAUUUGACCCACUCGUCAACUUGCGCAUCCUUGUAAUAAAGAGCAGUGGAGUGCACACUGUGGCACCGAAUGUCUUCGCAAAUCUUCCCAAGCUUGAUCUGUUGUCGAUGGAUUCCAACAAGAUUGAGUUGCUGCCGCCAAAUGUGUUCAGGGGUUUGAACCAUCUCGCUGAUGUAUCACUCACCGGCAACCCGCUCACACAGGACUAUAGACUCUGUACAGCGCUCUACAACAAGGGCACGGAGAUUACGUACUACGUCGACGAUGACGUCCAGGAGAAGUUUGGCAGUGCAAACCCUCCGGCCAUCUUUGUCGGGACAACAGAUUCAAGCGCCGCAGGUCCCACUACCGGCAUAAGUGUUAAUCAGGUGUGCGGUCGACAGUGCAACACCUGGAGACCAGACUACUUGAAAGUGUGCCCGGACGCCUUCUGCAAGGGAACUGUGGCCAACCAUGCAUGCCGCAGCAUGGAUCACGACUCGGCCGUCACUGAAGAUUGUCCCCAGACUGGACGCACUCUCCAGAUGUUCAGCAGUGUUGAGUCGAAUUACUGGCAGUCGAAGGACUUGUGUGCCGCAACACUGCAGGGCGAUCUGCCAACAGCGUAUGAUUUUAAGUACGGUUGUGUACAGCGGCUGCUUGCCAAGGUACGUCAGCAGUACAACCUUGACUACACACCCGUCGUGUGGCUGGAGCAAUUUUACCACUGGAAGGGUGAUAUUACUGCCUUUGCCAGUAACAGGCUCACCUAUUGGCCGCAAACGCGAAGAAUUUACUACUUGUGCGGCGUUAAAGGAGACUGAAUGUGAUUUUAAAAGCCUUGCUGAAGCUGGAAACACACUUAUCUUUGUGCUCUUUUCGCCCCUUUUAUAUGUGCGGACAAAGACAUAGAUGUGAAAUUGCAAUACAGUCUUGCAUUUGUUCUAGCUGGUUUGAUGUCACAUCAGUAUUGUGCGUCAUCAUUGUUCCCGCACUGCUGUUCAUGAAUGUGCUCAUCUUUGCCUACAUGUACAUGAUGUUGCCAAUGUGUUGUGCUGCUAUGCAUAGUAUAUUGACCAUCGUGAGUGAACAAAGACCACACUACUACUGUGAA